CCUUUGUCCCAUAAGCCCAUUGCAUACGACAGAGGAAACCCUGUGUAUUGCCGGCCACCAUCUUGGAUAGGCAGUCCCUUCAACCCAGGAUAACCUGCAGAUCUCAUCAGAGUCGGGAUAGCACGUAUAAAAUCUACAAAUACUCUGAAAACAACGAGCCACAAUGGCCACCGCUCCCUACAACUACUCCUACAUCUUCAAAUACAUCAUCAUUGGGGAUAUGGGUGUAGGAAAAUCAUGUUUGCUCCAUCAGUUCACAGAAAAGAAGUUCAUGGCGGACUGCCCCCACACGAUCGGCGUGGAGUUCGGCACGCGGAUCAUCGAGGUGAGCGGCCAGAAGAUCAAGCUGCAGAUCUGGGACACGGCGGGGCAGGAGCGCUUCCGCGCCGUCACGCGCAGCUACUACCGCGGCGCCGCCGGCGCCCUCAUGGUCUACGACAUCACCAGGAGAAGCACAUACAACCACCUGAGCAGCUGGCUGACCGACGCCCGGAACCUGACCAACCCCAACACGGUGAUCAUCCUCAUAGGGAACAAGGCCGACCUGGAGGCCCAGCGAGACGUCACGUACGAGGAGGCCAAGCAGUUCGCCGAAGAGAACGGCCUGUUGUUCCUUGAAGCCAGCGCGAAAACGGGCGAGAACGUGGAGGACGCCUUCCUGGAGGCGGCCAAGAAGAUCUACCAGAACAUCCAGGACGGGAGCCUGGACCUGAACGCGGCUGAGUCGGGCGUGCAGCACAAGCCCUCCGCCCCGCAGGGGGGCCGACUAACCAGCGAACCACAGCCCCAGAGGGAAGGCUGCAGCUGCUAAUGUCCGCCCGCCCCCCCUCGCCUCUGACCUUUGACCCCCGCCCCCUCCCCCCCCCCCCCCCUUGGCAUCCACUACCAUCAUCUCCCUCAGCCCAGGAGCUCCAGCCCUGCCGGGCGGAGUUAGGGUGGGGCACGGGGGGUGGGAUGGGGGGGGCUUGGCAUGCUCAACCUCUCUCUCCCCCCCCCCUUCGUCUCUGUUCCUCCAUCCUCCCCAUCCGUGUGUCGUCCUCUCCUCCUGUCCUACUUCCUCCCCAUCCUGCUCGAAUCCCCCCCCCCCCCAUCACUCCCUCCCCUGCACUAGUCAUCUCUGUAGGGUCUGGGUUCCAAACAAGCGUAACCAAGCAACUGAAUAACAGAUGACGGUGGCAUUUGAGGAAAAAAAAAAUAAACAAAAGGCUUUUUUUUUUAUUUUUCUUUUAUAGCUGUUAUAUAAACAUAUAUAUCUAUGUCCAUUUCAUCCACCGAUUUUGAAAAGCAACCCGAUGAAGUAGGUUAACGACACUCGGUUCAGUUCCAAACUCUUCUGUAUCUUUCUGUCACACUUGCAUGGUGUAAUUUAGGGUUAUUUUAACUUAAAUUAAAAAUGAAAUGUAAAUGAUUCUACUUUGCUAUACUGUAUGAUCUAGAGGGAAUUCGGAGAGAGCAGGAAAUAAUGUCCUUUAAAAUGCCGCCACGCCCCCUCUCCCUGUGUCAGGUGUGUAUGUGUGUGUGUGUGUAUGAUUGUGUGUGUGUGUGUGUGUACGUGUGUGUGUGCACGUGCAUGCUGUCCAGCAUUGUGUCGUCCACCUUACAUCUGAGACUGAUGAACCAAACGCACCUGCUCUGCCCAUAAUUCAGAGGAACCUUUUUCAAUUAAAUAUCUUUCUGCACUGCAGGAUUUGGCCACAGUGUGGCGCCACAGGUGUAGCAGGGGGAGAUCAGUAAACCCCCCCCCUCCCCAUGCCCUCCCUGAAAAAUCACAGUAGUUUAUUUUGACCUCCUACAGAAUGGGGGGGGGGGGGGUAGCAUGUCCUAUAAUGCAUUCACCCAUUUCCCUUUGAACGUGUGUGGUCCUGGGGUGGGUGGGGUUGUAGGAGACCCUUGACCCUUGACCUUUGAAGGUUAUAAGAAGCUGCAUGUCCUCCACAGGCCAUCUAUAAUGCACUGUCCUCCCCCUGCCCACCUAGAAACCAGCCCCCGACCAUAUCAACAUUAUUGUCCUUUGCAGCUAUUUUUUGGUUGUUUGUUGCCUUACUGUUGUUAUUAAUAUUAUUUCUAUAAUUAUUUAAUCUUUCUUCACAGCUUGCUCUACUUACUGAUGUUGGACAGGUUUCUGUUAAAUAAACUUUGUUUUACAUUCUUCCUGUACAUUUUCUUUGACGGACCUGGCUUGGCUUCCAUGUUGAAAAGGGUAGAAAAAAGUUUGUGUGUGUGUGUGUGUGUGUGUGUGGGUAAUGUUUAAAAGAGAGUUUGUAAGGCAUUUGAAGCUGUAAAUCGCCAGUCUGUACUCUUGCAAGCUUGUAUAUUAAUGCCAUAAAAUGCAUCCCACCGAACAAUCCACCAAUGUGAGGUUUGUUACGGUGAUAACUGUACAUGUUCCAUUAAAAAAAUAAUAGAGACCUCACUGGCUUGUCAACAUGUAUGUAGUGACGAUGGGUAUUUUACACAGUGCUGGACCUUUAGAAGUCUGUGCAGGUGUUGAUGUGUUGGGAAAUGUAUGUGAGCUGGGUUUCAAUCAACAUUUGCCCUCAAGUUUCACUAAAUUUAAAGAGUUGUAUUUUCCUUCACAAACUCAGUUCUGGCAAGUUACUUUUAAUGAUUUGCUGAAUCAAAGCUGCUUAAAAAAAAAAAAAAUUAUAUUAAUAAAAUUCCUACCUUUUGUUUGUCAGUAAAUGCUUAACAUUGAAGUUAAGGACUAACUGAAUUCCAGCCCUAGUGUCUGAACACGUCCCAUCUCUUACCUCUCAGUGGCGACACCCGGUGGCCAUUCAGUUGUUUAACAAUUCUGGCUUUUAAUUGUUUACUUGUAAAUCAAAGUUAAGGACAAAUGUUGAUUGAGUCCCUGCUGUAGCCAAUGAACAAAUGGGACAGGUCUUGUAUCUUUCCCCCCUCAGUUGUGACACCUCGUGGCCAUAUGGUGUAUUGCCCCCCCUUUAAUUUUAAGGAUGGGGGGGGGGGAAAAGUAGGUAGGUAGGGCUCCUCUUUCCCUUUUUACUUGUGAAGACCCCGUGCUCUUAUUUUGCAAGGUUUCCCACCAAACUCCUUUGAACGGAGGAUAGUGCUUUUGGUUAUUAUCACUGUAUCCAUUGGAGGAGGGGGGAGGGGCAUGUUUUCCUGUCCUGUCUUAAUUUGAGAGGGGUGGGAUCAGGGUGCGAGGGGAUUGGGGGGGGAUGUCAGAUGGGGUCUCCCCAAAAGCCGUGCUCUUACUUUCUUGCUCCCUGGGUGACCUCUUCUGGCUCCGCGCGUUAAAAGAAAAAGUAAAUAUGUAUAAAUUUUGAAGGAACUGUGCUAACAUUAAAAUGCGUUCUGCGUGUAUAUGAUUUUAAAAUGUCGACAUUUGAUUUUAAUAAUGAUGAUAAUAAAAUGCUCUAGAAAGAAAAACA